GGGGCGUGCCGGAAGUUGCGGAGAACUAGAGUUAACAUUUCUGCCCCAGGUGACAACUAACCACGAUAUUCUGGUAUAUGUUACUGAUUAAUUUUAGGCUAAGCUAUAAUAGUUCAUUUUCUAGAGGAGUCAUUUAGUAUACUUGAUACUUAGAUCUCCGCCUCUGCACUUGGGUUGCAACAUGUCUGGAGAUGCAGGUGUCCCAACCAAACUCGAGGAACUCCUGGCUAAUGCCCAGCAGUCCUUCCGAGACAAGUUCGGGGGUUCGGAGCCCGAGAUUGCAGUGUCGGCACCGGGAAGGGUAAACCUGAUUGGAGAACAUACGGAUUAUAACGAUGGCUUCGUCCUCCCCAUGGCACUUCCAAUGGUGACGAUAGUGGUGGGAAGUAGAACUCAAGAUAAACAGAUUACCAUAGUGACAACUGCACUGAAUGCUGACGACCCAAAGCAUGUGGAGUUUUCUGUACCACAGCAAAACAAACCUCUGAAUCCUGGAUCCCCACGUUGGGCAAACUAUGUGAAGGGAGUCAUUCAACACUACAGUGCAGGAUUAAACACAGGAUUUAAGGCAGUAAUAACCAGCAAUGUACCUCUCGGCGGUGGACUGUCAAGUUCUGCUUCACUGGAAGUUGCUAUGUACACCUUCCUUCAACAGAUUACUCCAGGUUUACAGGCAAACUUGGUUCCCUUGUCUGACCCUAAUCUUGUGGUGCUUAUCACAAACUCUAAUGUACGCCAUACCCUCACAGGAAGUGAAUAUCCUACCCGUCGUCGUCAGUGUGAGGAAGCAGCAAAGGCCCUUGGGAAGGCCAGCUUAAGGGAAGCCACUGCAGCUGACUUGGAAGCCAAGAAGGACCAGCUGGAUGAAGUUGUAUAUCGAAGAGCCCGCCAUGUCAUAGGAGAGAUCGUCAGAACUGUCAGGGCAGCAGACGCUCUUAAAGAAGGCAACUACCAGGAGUUUGGGAAACUGAUGGUGGAGAGUCACAACUCGCUGAGGGACGACUACGACGUUAGCUGUGCAGAACUAGAUGAGCUGGUUGAACUGGCAAUGAAGGUGGAAGGUGUUUAUGGUAGUCGAAUGACAGGAGGUGGCUUUGGAGGAUGUACUGUCUCUCUAGUGGAAGCCGGGGCUGUGGAGAAAGCUAUUCAACAAGUCAAGGAGAACUACAGUGGCAAAGCAAGUUUUUAUGUUACAAAGCCAUCUGAUGGAGCAAGUGUGUUAAACCUGUGACUGCUCAUUCAGAAAGUGACUUGUUAGAAGGAACCAAAGUUUUCCCUUGUGCUUGCUCAAGGAGAACCCAUGUUUAAUAUAAUGGUUAUUUUUGCUGUCAAUGUAACAUAACACACAAAAAAUGGGUGUGAAAUCCAGGUUGGUUUAUUCAUCCACCAGAAAGUCUUUGAAUCCUGUUUUUAUUAUGAGAGUCUGUAUCCCACAAUGAUCAUCUAGCGUUUUCCCUGCACAGUGGCUGUAUGGAACCACCCCCCCCCCCAUGUGGGUUAACAUUGUUUUGGCCUCUGUUCCUCUAGGAACCUAGAGUUAAGCACAAAUAAUGGUGUCAUCAUACACUGGAGGGGAUAUCAGGAUUUUUUUUUUUUUUAUUUAUGCCAAUACAUUCCUCAUUUUGCCAUUGUUCUGGCUUGUGCAGUCAUUGCUCUUCUGGGGCACAUACAAACCUCUGGUUACACAAUGCACCACAGCUACAAGGUUCAUCUACACUGACCACCCAGUGGAACAACUCUGGCUCAUCCCUGUCAAGUCAGGUGAGCUAACAACUGCUGCUCCUUACACACCCUCCUCAUGCCAGCUUCAAUACCUGGGUUGUUUGUCAGACCCAGUUUGUCUGGUGAAAGUUAGUGUCUUAUCUCUCUCUGCCAGUGCAGCUGCUGAAUCCUUUUCUUGAGUAGCUGCACAUUAUAAUUAGUUCCUAGCCCUUGAGUAAGGUGGUAUUCCAGUAUUUUUGUAUAUUUCCAUGAGAGAUAUCCUUCUGUAACUUUACAGAAUAGCUCACAUACAAGAUGCUCAUUCUCCUGUGACCGUGUUAUUUCCCACAAAGAUGGUAAGUCUUAAUGAGUAUCCUCAAGCCUGUAGGAGGGAUACCCCACCAUAGUCCAGUUAGCCAUGAAUUUAGAAAAUGCUAUUCCUUCAUUACCGUGCCAGUAGUUUUACAAGAAUGACAGCACUCUGUGGACACUUUCAUCACCAGGUGAUCGUACUAUGUAAUGUGAGGUUUAAUCCGUCAGAAAGGAGAUGCAGAAAAUGCAUCAUGGGAAGUUUAAAGUUUUCAACAUAUUUCCAUCUAGAAACACUUAUACCAGUUCAAAAUGAUACAGAACCUUAAUAAUAAGAAUGCUGCUUUAGUUUAUUUUACUCUGCUUUAUUAAUUUUUGAAUCAUUCAUAUUAAUUUUUUUUAAUUUAUUAGUAUUGAAUAUUCUUAUUUUGACUAAAAUUAGCUGUUAAGCUUCUUGACUGUGCAAAUUGUUUUUGAUUUUGGGGAAUAUUUUGUAUAGUUACUUUGAUUAAACAAAAAUGCAAUAAAUUAA